CGCAACCCUUGAUCUGAACCAACGUCUCAUUCACCCCAUUAAUAAUACCUCUUUCACAAGUCCUUUUCCCUUUCUCUCUCUUUAAUUCCCAUUCUUCCUUUCUCUCUCUCUCUCCAAUAUCACUCCUUUUUAUUUUUUCCAGUCACAAGAAAGUUAAAAACUCAGCUGUAAUGGAGUCUAAAUUUUUUAUGUGAAUUUCCAUUUUUAGCCUUCUCUUUUCAACCAAAACCGUCCAUUUUCAUACAAAAGGAAUUUUAGGGAAGAAAAAGAGGGGCAGACAAAUUAUAUUUCCUAAUUCUUCAUUUUUCUUCCUCAGAAAAACUAGCAAAAUCAUGGAAUUCCCAACACAAGUUAUGGAAGAAGGUUCACCCUCAAGCCAAAGAAAGAUGGGAAGGGGGAAGAUCGAGAUCAAGCGGAUCGAAAACACGACAAACCGCCAAGUGACCUUCUGCAAGAGAAGGAAUGGAUUGCUGAAGAAAGCCUAUGAAUUAUCAGUCUUAUGUGAUGCUGAAGUUGCCCUUAUUGUCUUUUCGAGCCGAGGCCGGCUCUAUGAGUAUGCUAAUCAUAGCUGCAGUGUCAAGGGCACAAUUGACAGGUACAAGAAGGCGUGCUCUGAUCAGACUGGUGCUGGAUCAGUUGCUGAAGCCAAUGCUCAGUACUAUCAGCAAGAGGCUGCCAAGCUGCGAGGCCAAAUCAAAACUGCAACAGAGAACAACAGGCUUCUUUCCAGGCAUAUGAUGGGUGAAGGGCUGAGCAGCCUAAGUAUGAAGGAGCUGAAGAACCUCGAGACUAAACUUGAGAAAGGAAUUAAUAGAAUUCGGUCCAAAAAGAAUGAACUACUCUUCGCUGAGAUAGAGUUUAUGCAGAAAAGGGAGAUUGAACUGCAUAACAAUAACCAGUUUCUCCGAGCAAGGAUAUCUGAAAAUGAAAGAGCUCAGCAAAGCAUGAGUUUGAUGCCGGGGGGCAGUGACUAUGAUCUUGUCCCUUCGCAGUCGUUUGAUUCCCGGAAUUACUUCCAAGUAAAUGCCCUCCAACCCAAUAGUCAGUAUGCCCGCCAAGACCAGACCCCGCUCCAGUUAGUGUAACUAUGCAACUUAAUGCAGAUUGAACUGGCCGGAGCUGAAAGUGACCAAGUGAAUUCGCUAAUGAAUGGGAUCUAGUCCUGAAUUCUAGCGUUUCGAGUCUAUAAGGAAGUAUGUAGUAUUGUAGUGUAUGUUUGGUGUGCAGUGUGAUUUGCAUAACGUUUGAUGCAACCUAAACUUAUAACUUAAUUAUCUCAUCCUGUGUGAUGGAGUAUUUGACCUUAAUUUUCGAUAUAUUGUGCUGUUGUUACAUUUUAGCUACUGUAUGGUGACUAUUGUCUGUAUUCAUUUUGACUAUUUCAAUUUAGGGCCACCAUGGACGAACAGAAGGAAGCCUUCGUUCGCUACACGAGAUCCCCUCA